GGAACGUACCCAUAUUUCCGGAGCACCGAUUCCACUACUGAGUGUGGCUAGAUAGCGUUCUCGCCGGAAUCUUGCGUCGGAAUGGUACUUAUUAAGGAAUACCAAGUACUGUUACCAUGUUCUGUGGAGGAGUACCAAGUCGGCCAGUUGUUUUCUGUGGCCGAGGCCAGUAAGAACAACACUGGAGGUGGCGAGGGCAUAGAGGUGCUCCAAAAUGAGCCAUACGAGAAGGAGGGGGAGAAGGGCCAGUAUACCCACAAGAUCUACCACAUACACAGUAAGGUCCCCAGUUUUAUCCAGAUGUUUGCCCCGGAAGGAGCCUUGGUGUUCCAUGAGAAGGCCUGGAAUGCCUAUCCUUAUUGUCGCACAAUUGUGACGAAUGAAUACAUGAAGGAUGCCUUUUUCAUUAAGAUUGAGACUUGGCACAAACCUGACAUGGGAACGACUGACAACCCCCACGGCCUGCCUCCGGAGGAGUGGGAGGAGACAGAGGUGGUGCCAAUCGACAUUGCCGAUCGAUCGCAGGUGGAUGAUGUUGACUACAAGGCUGAUGAAGACCCUGCAGUUUUCCAUUCUGAGAAAACAGGAAGAGGACCACUGGGGCCUGACUGGAAGAAGGAGCUCCACAACAGUAACUGUCCCUACAUGACGGCCUAUAAAUUGGUCACGGUUCACUUCCGUUGGUGGGGCCUGCAGGGGAGAGUGGAGAAGUUCAUUCACAAGCAGGAGAAGAGGCUGUUCACAAACUUUCACAGACAGCUGUUUUGCUGGCUGGACCGCUGGGUGGAUCUCUCCAUGGAUGAUAUUCGGAAAAUGGAGGAAGAGACACAGAGGGAGCUGGACAAGAUGCGUAGUGAGGGUUCUGUCAGAGGGAUGAAAGCAGGAGAAGACUAGACAUGGAAUAGGAUGAUGUUUCAUCAACCAUUGAUUUUUACCUCCCAUAUGCUCCCAUACACCUUCCCCCUACAGCAGAAUGUGGGAAGCAACUAUCAUUGUACUUGUGCGCGUGCGUAUGUAUGUAUGUAUGUAUGUAUGUAUGUAUGUAUGUAUGUAUGUAUGUAUUUAUGUACGUACAUAUGUGUGAAUGUGUGCAUUGGUCCAUAAGCCUUUGCUUUUAACCCGUGUCAUUUGCUUCCCAUUUCUUAGAAUUUUAAACAUUGUCAUUUCAACUAUUUUUUUCUUUUGAUAAUUAUAACUGUUAUUGUAAAUGCUUUUUUGGUCAUGUUAAAUAUCAAUUAUUACUGUACUGUAGUGUGUCAGUGGUUCUCUCAAAUGAACCCCCAUUUGAAAAGGUUUGUUUUUCCUCUCAUUUUAUGAAAUGAACAGUGUUCUUCAUGGACUCAUUUUACUUCUUGAUAUUUCUUUAUUUAAUUAUGACAUCACUUUGAAGUUUGAGUUUUUAAAUAACAUUCAGUUCAAGGAUGGCAAUUUUUAUGUCUAUUUGUUCAUGGACACCUGUAUCUCUACACAAGCCCUGUUUCAGUAGCAUAACAGUACCUGAUCUUUACUACUAUCCUGCAACAGGAAAUCAUCCUCUGUAAAACUUUUUUUUUUUAACUUAAUGUAAGCCGUGAAAACUUUAAUCACUGGCUGAAUCAAGCUGCUUACCACCUGCGUCUGUGAUGGAUGGGGUUGCC